GAGAGGAGAAUGGCGACUGCUAGGUUUGGCUGUAGGGCGAUCAGUCGUGCUUUCACUCAUGCGUUCCAAAGACGCCGUGCUCCUUGCCUUUUGCAUGAGCUCGGAAAAAGAAGCUAUGUCGCUUCCAAAGUGCAACUGGAAGAUCUUUACAGAUCCAGAAAAGAUGCUGCUGAAGCUGAAGUUGCCUCCCCUGACCAGAACCCGGAGGCUAUCUUUGCCAACAACGAGCUGUCGCUGAGCCAGGUGGAAGUCUACGGCUUCGACUACGACUAUACCCUGGCCACCUACACGCCCGACCUCCACAAGCUGAUCUUUUCCCUCGGCAAAGAGGCGCUGGUGAACAGGCUCAAGUAUCCCGGGGAGAUCUUACAGCUGGAGUAUGACUCGGACUUUGCCGUGAGAGGCCUGCACUACGACGUCAGGAAGGGUCUGCUCAUGAAAAUUGACCAGUUCCACAACAUCCAGCUAGGCACAGUGUACAGGGGCCUGUCUCCAGUGGCGGACGAAGAAGUGAAGGCGCUGUAUGAGGGGACUCACAUACCUGUGGAGAACAUGAACACUUUCUACGGAUCGGGUCGCAUGCAUCAGAUGGUGGAUCUGUUUGCCCUGCCGGAGGUCACCUUGAUCUCUAUGGUCACAGAGUACUUCAUCAAAAACAACAUCUCCUACGACCCUGAGUACGUGUUCUAUGAUAUCCGGAAUGCCGUGCAGGCGAUUCACAGCUCGGGCAUUCUCCACCAGGCCAUCGUGAGAGGUUUGGACCGCUACCUGUGCAGAGACAAGUGCCACGAGGUGAAACUUCUGCUGGAGAAACUGGCCGGGGAGGGGAAAAAACUCUUCCUCAUCACCAACAGUGGAUUCCCCUUCAUCGACGUGGGCAUGGCCUUUCCGAGUCUACAACACAGAGAUUGAGGCGCCCGAGUGGGGCCGCGUCACGCAGCUCAGAAAGGGGGUGGUCUACCAUCAGGGCAAUCUCCACGAACUACAGAAGAUGACGGGAUGGUACGGGCCGAAGGUGUUGUACUUUGGGGACCACGUAUACAGUGACCUCAUUGACCCUUCCUUACGGUUUGGCUGGAGGACGGGAGCCAUCAUCCCAGAGCUGGAGACGGAGGUGUGCAAACAGAACUCUCCGGUGUACAAGUCAUCGGUGCGCUGGCUCAUAGCUCUGCAACACCUCAUUGAUGAGAUGCAGCACCAGAACAGCGAGGAGAGCAAGGAUAUGAUCAAGGCCUGGCUGGCAGAGAGAAGUGAGCUCAGAGUGUUCACAAAGUCGCUGUUCAACCCUCACUUUGGGAGCCUGUUCCGCACCUACCACAACCCGACUUACUUUUUCCGCCGCCUGGCGCGCUUCGCCGACAUCUACACGUCCAAUUUGACCAACUUGCUGCGCUACUCCACGGACUACACCUUCUACCCACACCGCAUCCUGCUGCCACACGAGCCCAGCCUGUACACUGCGCGCGUUGCUGAGCGCACCAGCACACACGCUGAACGCACCAACACACACGCUGACAGAAGUAGUGCGAAUAGUGAACUGCAUUAGCUGAGGCUGACAGAAGUGUGAAUGUAGGUGUGAAACAUGAACUGCAUUUGCUGAAUUUGACAGAAGAAAAAGUGUGAACGUGAACUUGAUGGAGCUUUUAAAAAAAACAUGGGUGUGAAACAUUCGCUGACGCUGAUAGAAAACGUGUGAACGAGCGAGUGAAACUGCAUUAGCUAGCGCUGAUAGAAGAAGUGUGAACGUGAUUUUGAUGGAGCUUUCAAAACCUAAGUGCUGCCGUUAUUGGCUUUCUAAACUCUGAAAUAAUAAUAUUUGUAUGACAUUUGUAUAACAGUUGACCUUAUACAGGGUAAGACAGCCAGAUAGACAGGUAGAAUGAUAGAUAAUUAUACCUGGCAUUUAUGUAGCUCUCAAGCUUACAGUUGGUGUGACAAGAAGAUAGAAUGACUUUGAAUAAUUAGAUGUAUGACAUUCAUAUUUAUAGCGCUCAACCCCGAUGAAAGAACACGGUUUCUGAGGGUUUGACAAAUGCACAGCAACACAUAAACACUGCAUUGUGUUCUCGCUACAAAUAUAAUAUAUAUAUUUUAUAUAUCUCUCAUGAAUGUGAGAAGAGAAAUGUCUGUAGCUGAAGUUUGAAUAAAAGAAAA